AUGUCAGCUGCCUUCAAUACCAUCCGCAGAGGUACAACAAUCAGACUACUAGAAGCUGCAGGAUGCUCCAGAGACGACCUGAGGCUUGUACAAUACCUCAUGGCUAACACCACUCUAGUAGUCAGAGUGUGUUCUACUGACUCAGAGAUGUUCUCUUUCAACAUAGGAGCCUCCCAAGGAGACAGCACAGCUGGUAAAUUGUUUACCCUCAAUCUAGCUGAAGCUGUAGUGCACAUAAGAGCAGUCCUCCCCUCAAGACCCAACCCUCCGAUAGCCGAUAACCACAUGCCUCUUGAGUCCGGCUAUUCAGACGAUGUAGAGGAGAUUGGUGAAGAUAUGGAGGAGUUACAGGAUAUCUUUCAGAUCUCCAAGAAUAUUCUAAGUGAAUGGAGUCUCUUUGUCAAUGACACAAAGACAAAGUUUACCAGAGUAUAUUUGGAAGAAGUUGGUGCCUGUGACGAGUGGGGUAACGAACUAAGAGGAAAAGAGGAGUGGAGAAACGAGACGCUUCUUGGUACUAAGCUUGGAUCAGAGCAGGAUGUUACUAAUAGAAUAAAUAAAGCUAACUCUGCCUUCUGGUCAUUUGACAAGCUGUGGUGCCAGGGAUCAGAGAGGAGUCAGAUAACUGAGAAGAGAAAGAUCAAACUCUACGACUCACUAGUAGUAUCAGUGCUCCUGUACAACUGCUGCUGCUGGGCCGUACCUCAGCAUGUUCUAGAGUCUGUAGAUGUUGUUCAGAGGAAGCACCUCAAGCGCAUCCUACACAUCUAUUGGCCUAGCUCAAUAUCUAACAAGGCCCUCUACGCUCCCUUACAAACACUCACUACUUCUAAAAACAACCACCAACCAGCCCUAAAAACAACCACCAACCAGCCUUACAAACACUCACUACUCCUAAAAACAACCACCCACCAGCCUUAA